AUGGCGACCACCGAUGCUGCUUUCAAUCAAGCAGACGCCAAUCAUGAUGGUACAUUGUCUCGAGACGAAUUUAAAGAUUUUCUAGUACGAAAUUCUGUUAGUGGAAGUACGACAACAAAUUAUCCUGUCAGUACGGAUUAUAGUGAUAUUGAUACUACUGGUGGAUAUGGCUCGACAGUCUAUCGAUCAUCAGUAUAUGGAACAUCUACAGGUGGUACUAGUGGUGAUGCGGCUGGUUUAGGACUUGAUUUAGGUUAUACUGGUUCUAACUAUGGAGCUGCUACAUAUGAAUCGGCAUCGUUUCGUUCAUCUGUUGGUGGUAGUGAUACAUCGAACUACAAUAUCGUUGGAACGGGCGCAGUCUCAGGUGCGGAUGCAGUGUCAACUACUUUUUCAUCGGAAUCACAAACAUCAUCCGUUCAGCACUAUGAAACUGAUGAGCAAGGCAAUUUUAAAGAUGCAAAUCCACAAAUUGUGCGCCGUCCAGCUAUCGAGGGGCCUGUGACUCUUACACAAAACAUCAGAGUUCGAUUCCUUCAACCACCACCUGUGCCACCACCAGGCCCAUUGAUUAUCAAAGAAGUGCGACCACCACAACCACCCCCACCACAGCCACUGCGUGUUCGUCAACAAGCACCUCCGCUUCCACAACAACCACCACUUGUUUUACGUGAGCGGCCACCACCGGCACCGGCAGUUGUUGCUUCUCAAACAGUUAUACGAAAUCUUGCAGCUAUUGCAGUUCCACCACGAUCAGUUGUUAUUGAGCGUUUGCCGCCCGCUCCACCAAAACCUCGGGACAUCAUCAUUGAGCGUUGGGUUCCCUACGGGCCACAACCCGAACGAAAAACGAUCGUUCAGCGAGCGGAAGCAGCGAUAGUCUAUCCCAAACCGCGUAACAUGAUCAUACAAUAUGAAGCACCACAAGUUCGAGUCAUUCGCCAAUUUGAACGUCUCGGAGUCACACCGGCUAAUCCACAAGAGUAUAUUCAACGUUACGGAGCUACCCUUUUCGAUGCUCAUACGUUAUUACAACAAGCUCGUGCUGCUGGCGUCGUUGAAGAUAUUUCACCACCAGCAGCAUCAGCUUCAGCUAUAUCAGGUUCAUCUGAUUUCUCUUCGACAGAAAGAGCAAGCAUAAUCAACUACGACAAUCUCAAUCGUGGUAGUAUUGACAUAGGCAGAAUCAGCAGCGCGGGCGGUGCAGGCCGUUCUUCAUACUAUGAAUCAUCAUCGUACAGAUCGACUGGUGACGUUGCAGGAUUAGGUGCUGGUGGAAGAAGCUCAACAAUUUACGAGUCAUCGUAUAAAACAUCUACAGCAGGUGAUGUAGGUGAUGCAUUAUUCAAUGCUGUUGAUACAAAUAACGAUGGCGUUAUAUCACAGGCAGAAUUUCGCAAUGCUGGACUUUAG